ACCAAAGAUGGCUUUCCAUCUUGUUUUGUCUGAAACAUGAGCGACAUGUUAUUUGGUCCAAGGCAAGAAUAACUGAAUUAUCUUGAUCUUAUAUCAGUGGUUUUGAAGCCAGAUGUUACAAAUGUGUAGUUGUAACGACAAACACCGUGGCCUAAGGAACGUACUCUUAAAUCGUUAAACUUGAAUCUGGACAACUUCGCUUGCAUAUUUUUCUUCAGAAUCCUUGGAAAUGGUCAUGGUGUUAAGGUCAGCAGAUUACAAAUCUGGAAAGUGCCAGUGUACUGGUCAUCUAUCUUGUUUGUUUGGGUACAUGUACAGUACCAGCUGAUAGAUACAUACUGAAAAAAAAAUUGUGUAUUUGCAACAAAAUCAAUCAACUACCAUGUCCAGGGCUGCAAUAUUGUUACAGGAGCUUGAACGUCUCAGAAGAAAUGGUUAUUCUGAAAGUUUUUUGAUCUUCACUAUUGUACUCAACCAUGUGCUACUGACCCGUCCCAAGUGACUAUUGUCCUUCCAGUCCACGAAGACCUCAUGGAUGAUGCUACUCUCCUAAUCAGACGUGGAGGCCAUGCUUUGGUUAGAUUGCAACAACACGCCAUGCCAAAUCCUCUCCUGUACGAGGUGGUAGUGGAGAGUUUGAAAAAGAAUCGUGUAUUACUACGUGCUAGCGCCUUACUUAUGGAAAGGCUGAGAUCUAAAGUAUCACUUCCAGCUUCUGUGUGCUUUCGUUUCGUGGACACGUACCAAUUCAUGCACUGGGCAUUAGAGAAUGUCAGCUUAGAUGUAGUAUUCCCGGCUGUUCCAGAAGGAAUUCGCGAACAGUGGACAAAUCACUCGACGUGUGCCAAGCUGUUGAACGAGUCUCAAACCUAUGCGCUGAAGCAGAUGUUGUCGCCUCACUCGGGACCUCCUUUGUUGAUUCUGGGUCCGUUUGGGACCGGAAAAACCAGGACCAUCGCUGAAGCCAUCAAAGAGCUUAUCUCGAUUCAGUUGAAAAGCUCACCAAAAUAUCGUAUUCUACUUUGUACUCAUUCCAACAGCGCAGCCGAUCAUUAUAUCAAAAAUCAUCUUCAUCCUUACUUAACAAACGCAAAUAUUUCAGCUUUGAUGUUCAAACCCUUGCGCAUUUGCUGGGAAAAUCGUUUUGUCAGCACCGUCUCUGACACAGUACUUCAAUAUUGUCUCUUGGAUCGGCGCACUGGAAAAUUUGCAAUGCCUGACGAGGAGUCACUACUGAAACGUAGAGUUGUGGUGACCACUCUCGUCACUGCAGCCUCCCUGGCUAAUCUUAAUUUGCCUCCUGGAUUUUUUACGCACAUCUUCAUUGAUGAAGCUGCUCAAGCCAUGGAAGUAGAAACGAUCAUCCCGCUUUGCUUUGCAGGACCUAAAACGCAGGUGGUCCUGGCAGGAGAUCAUCUUCAGCUUAACCCUCCCAUCAUGUCUCCAGUUUCACAACGACUAGGUCUCGGCCGCUCUCUCUUGGUGCGUCUCUAUGAGCUUUAUCCAUCAAUGUCAAGAUGGAAGGUUCAAUUGCUUCAAAACUACAGAGCCUAUGAUGAUAUUGUGGACGUUCCAUCUCAUCUGUUUUACCAAGACACACUCGUUGCUAAACUGAAGCGCCCUCGUGAGCUACCGUAUUCUAUCGCCUUCUAUGGUGUUCAUGGACAGGAAGAAAUCGCAGAUGAUCCGCCGUCUUUUUUGAACAGAGGAGAAGCGGCAGAAGUGGCUGACCGUGUGGAGGAAUUGAUAAAUCAAUGGCCAACUCGUUGCUGGGGAGAAGCUGACCCAGCACGCAUUUGUGUACUCUCUCCGUAUCCAACACAGGUGAGAGAAAUCAGAAGACUCCUGCGAGCCAAAUCCUUGGGUGGCGUUAAAGUGGAGGGAGUAACUAAUGUCCAAGGAUUGGAGUUUGACGUAUUAUUCAUUAGCACAGUGAGAACCUACGAUGCAUCUACCGCAGAUGACAGCAGUAAAAAGAACAUGGGGUUCCUCUCUGAUUGCAAGCUACUGAAUACUGCCAUCACUAGGGCACGGUUUCGCCUUGUCAUCAUUGGGGACCCUGUGGCACUCUGUUCCAUUGGGGAGUGCCGCGUCUGUUUCAAGAUGAUCCUCGGCAGGUGCAAUAGCAAUAAAACCUUUCACUACCGCUUAGCUUUUGAAAUGGUCAUCAAGAUGACGAAAGAUGCGAAGAGUGAAAGAGAAAGCAAACAGGUGCAGAAGCAAGGUCCGACUGCCUUGAGUACACCGACGAGGAAUAACCCAUCUUACAUCCCAGUUGUCAACGCGGUCCCUGACGUACUAGCCCCUGUUUUUCCUCGAGGGCCCAUGCCAGGAAACCAGAGGAAUGUUCCCUUUGUACAAGAAGGUCCACCCCUUGGGAAUUAUGGUCCUUUCGCAGGAAGACCUUCAAUUUUCAUCCGCCCCCAAGGUCCACUUUACAUGCAAAGACAACCUGUUCCUUUGCCCGUGCAUCCUGUUCCGCUCGUUAGAAACCCCCCUCAGCAACACCCACCGAUUGGUUUUGUGCCUCAGGUUGUUCUGCCACAGCAGAUGAAUCUGCAACAUCCGUCAGCUCCCUGGGGUGUAACCCAACAGGCUGUACCACAGCGCCCUCCUCUUAGGGUAUUCUUAGCACAGAACGGAGCUGAACACAUCCGUUCAGCUUCGCGUAGUUCAACACCUCCUUCCUCAUUCCAUUUGCGCGAUGCAACCCCUAAGGUACAGAAGGAUCAAACACUGAAUCAGCCCAGCUUGACCACAGAAGAACCACCGAUGUCACUUCCAUCGUCGCUUCAAAUUAGCUUGCAUGACAGGAAAGAAAUGCUGUACAAAGAGAGAGAUUUAUUGAAUAAGUUGAAAUCUUCCUCCACUAACUCCGCCGUUCAAGAAAAUAUUUUGAGACAGAUUAAUCUGAUUGAGAAGGAAUGUAAACUCCUUCAGAAUCGUCAAUCCCUACAUAGCGCUCUUACUGGUCUCAUGAAUGGCGGGGAAUCUGAUAGUAACCAUAGUGAUAAUGGUGGGAGGUCUGUGGCACGCCCGAACCUCGAUGACGCGGAUGGAAUCUACCCAGAAGACGAUUAUGAAGAUUCUGAGACAGAAGAAUGGUUCAUGGCACAACAGAAAGAUCCCAUCGUUCUAGAUUAUAUCAAAGCUUUUGAAACUUUGACAUCCAGAACAGAGAAUGAUUCCGAGGAAGGAGCCAUUUCUCCUCCAGCAUCGAUCAGAGACGGUUCUUCGCCUGUUUGCAGUGACAGUGCCACGACGUCUAUUGGUGAGGGACAGAAAGCCCCGCCCUUACAAGGAUGGAUCCUACAGCCCAGUGAGAGCACAGUUUACAUUGAGAACUACUCCAUCAAUGAAGAACACUUGGAAAGGGAAGAGGCACAGUCCAAAGUCGCUUUAGGUGAACUCGAGGCUUGUGCUCUACAGAUUGAUAACCACAGCGAUGGUAAUACCGCCAUUGCUAAGGUUUGUGACCCAGAUAAGCCUGACAUCCGCAUCAAUAGCCGAGCAGACGUAAACAGAGCUUUCAAUGGAGAUGUGGUCGCUGUGGAGAUCACCAACAAGGACCGAGAUACAGGUGAUCCUCAAGGUAAAGUGGUGGCCAUUCUGAAGGAAAUUCAUCCCAGGAAAGUAGUUUGCCGUUUGGACAGCCAAGACAGAAACGUAAUGACGCCCAUUAACAGAUGCAACUCCAAGUUUGUCAUCUUACGAAGCAGAGACCAUCAAGGGCAGACUGGGGUGGCUGUUUUCGCAAUGAGAGAUAAAAGAAUUAACUUUGCAAAUUUUGUGACGGAAACGGAAGGGAAGUUGUUUCUGGUGCAGCUCAUGAAAUGGGGAGCAAGUUACCGCUUUCCCCUCGGCUUUGUUGUGCAGUGUUUCAACGAAGGUGGUGAUCCACGUCUCUGCAUUUCAGUUUUGCUCGCAGAACAUGGCGUCCACAAACCGCAUUCGAAGAAAAUCCAGAGUGAAGUCAAGAAGGAGUUCCCUCCUAAAUGGAGAAUCCCCGAGACAGAGCGUUCCAAGCGAGUGCAAUUUGAAGAUGUGUUCAGUAUCGAUCCCGCUUCGUGCGUUGAGGUUGACGAUGCGAUGAAGGUUUGUCGGAAUCACGAUGGAACUUACAAAGUUAGUGUCCACAUUGCAGAUGUGUCUUUCUUUGUGACCAAGAAUUCCACCUUGGACAAGGCAGCCCUAUCACAUGGAGCCUCUGUGUAUGGCUCUAAUGAAGUGUCCCAUUACAAUCCCAUGCUGCCAUCCUACGUCAGCAAGGAGCUUUGCAGUUUAGUUCCGGGUGAAGAAAGGUUGGCAGUUUCAGUUAUCUUUCACUUAAAUGAAGAAGGAAUAGAAGUAGCGCGACCUGAAAUUCAACGCAGUAUAGUAGCGUCUUGCUGCAAGCUAAGCUAUGAUCAGUGCCAAGAUGUCCUUGACGGUAAGAAGGUCGACAACAUCCCUGAACACGUUCAAAAGGGCGUCGGUAUCCUGGGUCGGCUAUCGUUAAAAAUGUGGGCGCGAAGAGUGCGUCAAGGCUAUGUAUCCCUAGAACACGAUGUAAUUAAAACAGGCGUGUUAUCUUCCCAAAAGAUGGUUGAAGAAUUUAUGCUUUGGACCAACUGCGCAGUUGCAGAACGACUGCUGCAAAGCCCUAUUGCCAAAACACUAGUACCAGUGCGUCGACAGUUACCCCCUAAGACCCAUCUUUUGCGAGAGAUUAACGACUCUUGUAUCGAGAAAGGUAUGGAACCGAGGCAGUACCUAGGUCUGCAAUGCAUUAGUGAACCUUCCGGUCACGAAGAUCAUCAAAGCGGCGACGAGUGUGUCAACAUUAGCUUGAAGACGUGGGAGAAAGUAUCUGCAGCUUUAGAUGAAAAAGAUAUCGGAAAGGUAACCAUUGCGUUAAUUAAACAUGAUAGCAAAGCUGGUGUUGGUAAAAUUCUGAGUCGUUUAACAUCCAUCCGAGAACGAAGCGGUUACGUCGUUUCCUCGAGACUACCUCCUGAGAAAUGGCGCCAUUUUUCCCUCAACAUACCUUCAUACACGCACUUUACGUCGCCAAUACGACGCUACAUGGACAUUAUUGUUCAUCGUCUUUUAUUGGCUGUUCUUGAAAAUCACGACAUGCCUUACACAGAGGAAGAACUGGAGAAUAUUUGUGAGAUGUGCCACAUGAUGACGUCACGGAUUUUCAUGUUUGAGAAUCAACUUGCAUUGGUGUCGAGGGCAGAAAUGAUAAAGAGAGACUCCAAAUGGAGGCUUGCCAAGGUGGACUGCCUUGCACCAGAUUACAUACAGUUAGGAGGGGAUGAAGUCGAGCAUAUUUCUCCUUUCAAUCGCUGUGUCAGGAUCCAUGAUUGCAAGCCGACAUCGCGGGACUGGCUGCCAGAGGAGGAAGAGUUAGUCCUUUCUUGGAAGAUCUUGGAGAUCAAUGCGACAGGCCAAAGUGUGAGAACAGAGUGCAGUCAAGAUGAUGUCCCCGAUGAUUCAUCUUCUACACAGCAUGAAGCUUCCUCAGAAGUGUCGCGACAGCUUCUGGAGAUACCGAAAGAGCUUUGGUUUACAUUUCUACAGGGAUUUCGUUCUGAAGAUCUCCAUCAAAUGAACCAACAGCGUCAAAUGAUCGAUCGUGACGCAAAGGCUGUGGUCCGCGUUGAGAAGAAACCAUCGAGUUUUUGUCGCAACAAAGCUCCAGAAGAACACAUUCUAAUGAAUUCACUUGGCUGUCAUCAAGAUUUGAGCGCGCAUACCAACUUCUACCAAAGAGGAAAUACAAUUCCCGUCUAUUUAGGUGCUGAAAUACACCGUGGUCUUCCCAGGCCGAGCAUCCUAGCAGUUAGAUUCACCGAGUCGAUCGUGUGCUGUUUGAAGCAUCGCCGUCAUCCUACAAAGUCAUUUGGAGUUCCACAGAUGGUACCGACCAAAGCAACGUACAGUGACGCAAAAGAAUAUCAAACAGUUAUGCUGCCACUACUACAAUGCGAAGCAGUCACAUCCAGUGUCAAUUCAGAUUCAGCUAGUCAAGUUAUUCUUCAAAAUGUAUCUGUUCAGUGGAAUGGAAAAGUUGGCGAGUUUACUCUUUCCAAGAUUUUGUGCGUUGCUCGUGGACUGAAGCUCUCCACUGGUGACUUCUUGUGUCUUCGAUGUCACGCUUUGCCUUGUAUAGUCCAUUGUUGUGUCACGCAAGUAGACAGCCGUGACGAAAUGGACGUGAUUACGUUGGAAUUAGUGGACGGCUUCUCCACUGAGGACUUGAAUCAGACUUCGUGGCUGUGCAGCAUAGAAGUCAUCGAACAAGGACUCUCAUUUCGCCGUAUGAUAAACGCAGUCAAGCGCCUCGGUGAAGCCACGGAGCUUAUCAGAAGUGUUUUCUUAAGGAGGAACAUUCCUAAAUACCUCGCGCGGGUCCAAAUGCGUGAGGGACAAAAGAAGGAAGAGACGAAGACUACUCUACGACUCAACCCUGGACAGGAAGAAGCAGUAAAGAAUGCCGUGAAUUCUUCUUUCACCCUGAUACAAGGACCUCCAGGAACUGGUAAGACCUGUACUGCCGCACAGGUUGCCUAUCAAUUUGCUGCCUUGAACAGAAGAGGAAGAAAUGGAGGACAAGUGUUAUUCUGUGCUCCUUCAAAUCAUGCAGUGGAUGUGGCGGCAAGGAUACUCCAGAAGAUUCCUGGAUUGAAAGUUUUACGGAUAUAUGGUAAAACGAUUGAGAACCAAUCUUUUAAACAGUCUCUGAGGACAAACUUGCCAUCUGCACAAAGUGUUAUGGAUAAAGAUUGUGAAGAUAUAUCUUUACAUUUCCGCGUUCGUAAACGGAGCAAUCCGCAUUCGUCUAAGCUAAAGGCGGUUGAAGAGGAAAUCAAACAGCUGGAGAAGAGAAUCUUAGCGAAAGAUAAGGCCAAAAAACAGGAAAAAAACACAAAGGAUUUGUGUCUCAAAAUGCAAGAGUUGUACCAAGUGCUGGAUGAAGCAGAGCGACACGAAAUUGCUGAGACUGGAACGGAAGUGAUUCUGUGCACGUGCAUCGAGGGUGGGAGUUCACGUGUGAAACGUCACGCAGGUGUCAGUCAGGUCAUCAUAGACGAGGCUAGCAUGUGCCUUGAGCCAGAAAGCCUAGUAACCCUAAGUUCGGCCGGUCAGCGGCUCAGGCAAGUGGUGUUGCUUGGAGACCACAAGCAGUUGGGUGCUGUGAUAAUGAGUUCUGUCCCGCGUAAGCUUGGUCUGGGGCGUUCUUUGUUUGACGUACUUUUUAACGUCCCUAAUGCAAGCCAAAGUUUCUCGUCGUGCAAGUUACAGACACAGUAUAGAAUGCAUCCGAGUAUUAGGGAGUUUCCGUCAAAACAUUUUUAUGAAGAUCUCCUGAAAGAUUCUUCACAUCUAACCACUCCAGAACAUGUUUCAAACGGACUGGUGCCAAACUUUUGGCCAGGGGGACCAAAUGUCCGCGUCGUAUUUUGUCAUGUUAUGGGAACUGAAGAGAGUCCCCAGGACUACACAGGUCCUGAAGGCCGUGAGGAGUCUAAGCGCAACCCGCAAGAGGUGAACGUUGUGCUACGAGUUCUCAAGUACCUGAUGUCCCACGGAAUAAAAUCUUCUCGGAUAUCUGUCAUUACACCAUAUUCUGCGCAGAGAGCCAAAAUAUCCCGAGAGUUACAGAGCUCCUUUAACUCGUGUGACUCAGAGGUCCUCUCUGUCUUCGCCAGCCAAGGUGCUGAGAAAGACUUUGUGGUUUUGUCUACCGUGCGAAGUCUGCCAGUAGAAAAGAUCACAGGCAGCUCUGAUAAUCAACAAUGGUUAGCGAAUCACUUAGGUUUUCUUAUUGAUGAGCGGCAAAUGAACGUUGCUCUUACUCGUGCAAAGCAUGGUCUAGUAAUUAUUGGUAACCGUCAUUUGUUAGCGGUGCACAAUAUGUGGAAAAACUUGGUAUCUCACUGUCAGAGACUGCAUUGCUUGGUGGAUGAAAAAUCCUGGCAACCUGCCAAGGACACUUCGUGAGCGUUGCACCAUCGAAUAGGAGAAUAGACUUGUGUCACGCAAUGUCAUGGAUUGCGUGACUAGUCGAUAAACUACAAUAGUUCAGAAUUUCUUUCAAUAGCUUGGAAUAUUGGUGGAGUAUCGUAUGACAUAAAAAAGAUUGAAUUUAGUAUGGAAUAAAUUUAGUACAACUGAAGAUAGAGGAAUUUAACCCAAAUGCAAAUGGUAAACACGAAAAAUUGGGGAAAGUUUUCGUACAAGUUGUGCAAAAGCGACUCAGCUCACUUUUAAGGGAUCAAUUUUGAUGCUUUAUUAAUAUAGGCUUUUUUUAAAAUUCAAUUUGAAUUCAUGGUUUUUAUCAUCAAUUACAAAUCAGAGAUCAGUCAUUGUUUAUCGCCUGAGGGGUUUCGGAGGAGUCUGGUUGUGUCACGAUCAAAUUUACGUGACCCCCUUAUAAGGCUCUGUAAUAUUCUUAUGAUCCCCUGUCUUGGACAGUUAAUUGGCAGUCAAUUGUCAAUAGUCCCCUCUUUAUACUCUUUUGACCACGACAGAUCCCCUCUCCGUUCUCCUUGAAAACCAUGUGAUCCCCUGAAAUUCCCCCACCCCCCUCCCCCCUCAGGUGAUAAAGAAUGACCGACCCCUAGUUCUGUUGGUCUUUUAGGCUUCAUGUGGGGUAACUAACAUAUCUCUGUAAAUUCUUACGCUUUUUUUUUUUUUUUUAGCAAUUUUAACAUAUUGAAACUCGAACUUAAAAGAGUUCAGUAGUUAGUAGAAUUUCAUUUUGUGAGAAGAUGUUUUAUUGCUCAUUUUGCAUAUGUUUUCGAAUGGAAUUCUUAAUUUUUUAUUUGUACAUAUUACGAAAAUUACAACUUAACGUAAGUCAUUUCAGCAAAUACAUGCACAAAAAUUGUGCAAUUUUGAUAAGUUACUCGAAAAUAUCGUAAUAAUGCUAAGUUAUCUUUGAAGCUUUCAUCAGGAAAUGCAUACGUGUUAUUCAGUCGCAAUAAAUUUUCUUCUUUUCUAAAUA